CCCAUACACAUUAGAUCCACACAUUCCUCACCCUUUCAUCGACAACUCUCGCCACCUCCCAGCACUAGGCCUUGCCGAACGCAGGUCGCGACACGGCUUCGACAUACCGGCCCCGCAACAGCGCGAAGUGCAGGCGGCUUCUUCGACCCAAUCUUCCACCAUGGCCACCACCGACGGCGCCUCUUCGAUCACGGUCACGGUCCGCGUCCGGCCUUUUACGAUUCGCGAAGCAGCUCAAAUCACCAAAACCGAUGACGGCCCCCUGUUCCUUGGUGAUGGAUCGCUGGCAGGCGUGCCCACACCAAAGCUCAACCAGAAAGGGAUCCGGUCCAUUGUCAAGGUGAUUGACGACCGGUGUCUAGUGUUUGACCCUCCCGAGGACAAUCCUGUCCAGAAAUUCUCCCGGUCCGUCGUUCCCCAAGGCAAGCGUGUCAAGGAUCAGACCUUCGCCUUCGAUCGUAUUUUCGACCAGAAUGCCUCACAGGGUGAGGUAUACGAAUCCACCACCCGCAACCUCCUCGAUAGUGUCUUGGAAGGUUACAAUGCCACGGUAUUUGCAUACGGUGCGACAGGAUGUGGAAAGACACAUACCAUCACUGGAACGGCGCAGCAACCUGGUAUUAUUUUCAUGACAAUGCAGGAGCUAUUUGAGCGGAUUGACGACAGAUCGGGUGAAAAGUCGACUGAGAUUUCGCUUUCAUACCUGGAGAUCUACAACGAAACCAUUCGCGAUUUGCUUCUUCCCGGGGGAGCCAAGGGUGGGCUCAUGCUGCGUGAAGACGUCAACCAAACAGUUUCGGUACCUGGCCUGUCGAGUCACCACCCGCAAAAUGUGCAGGAAGUCAUGGAUAUGAUUAUGCGAGGAAAUGAAUGCCGUACUAUGUCACCAACAGAGGCCAACGCGACUUCUUCCCGAUCCCACGCUGUUCUUCAAAUCAAUGUUGCGCAAAAAGACCGAAACGCCGAUGUCAACGAACCACAUACUAUGGCCACACUGAGCAUCAUCGACCUUGCCGGUAGUGAGCGAGCCAGUGCCACCAAGAACCGAGGCGAGCGCCUUCUCGAAGGUGCGAACAUCAACAAGUCCCUGCUGGCUUUGGGAAGCUGCAUCAAUGCUCUCUGCGACCCCCGGAAGCGCAACCACAUCCCUUAUCGAAACUCGAAACUCACUCGACUACUCAAAUUCGCUCUUGGUGGCAAUUGCAAAACGGUCAUGAUUGUUUGUGUUAGUCCGUCCAGCCAGCAUUUCGAUGAGACACAAAACACCCUACGCUACGCCAACCGCGCGAAGAACAUCCAGACUAAGGUCACCCGAAACGUUUUCAAUGUCAAUCGCCACGUUAAGGACUUUUUGGUCAAGAUUGACGAGCAGAUGAAAUUAAUCACCGAACUCAAAGCACAGCAGAAGGAAUCGGAGAAUCUGGCAUUCACCAAAUUCAAGAAGCAGACAGAGAAAAAAGACGCUGUUAUGCGCGAGGGCGUUGCUCGUAUUCGCACUGCUUACGACCAUUGCUUGCCGGAGAGACAAGAGAGGACGAACCAUAUGCUCAAGCUCAGACAGAUCAGCCGCAGGAUCGGUAUUCUGUCUUCGUGGAUCGCAGCAUUCGAUACCGUGUGUGCCUCACGCGAGGAUGGAGAAGGAAUCGCCAACCUGUAUGCCAUUCGCAAAAGUGCCCAGGGUAUUCUCCUUGAAUUGGAAAGCAGCAGACAUCAUUACAACCAGCGAUUGUCCAAGAGCACUUGGGAUCGAGCGAUGAACUCGGCAGUUGAAAAUGCGACCAAGCAACUUCAAGAAUUUGAAAUCAGUGAUGCGAGUGACUACGCAAACUUGGAUAGAGAAGCCGAGCUUCUCAAAUCCAACGCGGAGCGCGAGUCACUGUCUGCAGUUAUCGAGCAAGACAAAGCUGGUGAAGCUAUUGCUGUACAGCUGCUUCUCCAGGCACAAUUUGAAAUGAUGACAUCAAUUGAGGACAUCAUGCAGCUGAACGCAACUGAAGCCAUUCAGAAGGGACGCGUGAUUCUCGCGAAGAUGCUGGAAGACUGCUCGAACGCCGCAUCAAACCUCGUGAAGCCUGAUGGUAGCCUACCCGCAAUUCCCACAAGUCCAGUGAAGGUCGCCAGCCCGCCGAAGCCGAAAAAACGAUUCAGCCUGGUGAGCAUGCCGCCACCAAUGAAGACUCUCCAGCCCUCUGUUCAAAUCGCGCCAACAGCCCCUCUCUCUCCAAUCAAGGGUUCGCCGCGUCGCCGAAAGGCUGGUGCUGGUCGCAAGAAUGUCACCUUUUCACCCAAGAAAACUCAAUCCAAGCCUACCAAGAGAUCCGUCCGUUGGAAGGAUGAUGAAGAGGACGCCCCUCUGACCGAAUACCAAAAGUCGCCUCAGAAGACAGAAUCUGUGGACGGGGAUAGCGGAGAAGACCCUUUCGAGCCUACCCUGCCGCGGGGCGCAUCGCCCAUUCCGCGAAACAUCCCCAGGAUCGUUAGUCCAUCAGGAAUCGCUGCACCUGCCGCACUAUCAGAUGAACCGACAUUGAACAUUCAAAAGAACAGCAGCCGCUUCAAGGCUGGAUUCCUUUCCAAGAGACCAGGCAGCUCUCCUCUGGCACCCCCUCCAACUGCUUCUCUCCCUCUCACCAAUCGUGAAAGCUCCCCACUCCGCGACAUCGAAGGCAGCAGUUUCUUGAACCGUGCCUCGACUGACCGUCCCUCUCGCAUUGCCGUUCGAAGCCCGAGCGGUAACUUCUCAAGCAGUCCUGUGCCUGACAACAAGGACAACUGGAAGUCUGACAAAGAAGACGCGAUUAAGAUCAACUCUGCCAUGCGUCGCAUCUCCAGUGGGCACUUUGGUCCUUCUGCCAACGCUUUGCGGGUCCAUCGUCGCCGCAGUCCUAGCUCCAGUACAUAUGGCAGCUCUCCUAGCGAGGGUAACAUGUUCACCGCAUCCCAGGCCCGCCGCAUGGUGAAGAGCGAUCGGGAGGUUGAGGCUAAGCCCCGGGUGUUUAGUCCGCAUACCCUGCCGGUAAUGAAGAACACCGCGCGUCGGACCACGCUGGGAGGAGAAAUUCGACCACGACAUGCCAGCCUCUCAAGCAGAGAUGCUUUACGACUUACUGCCAUGGCUACACCAUCGGUCGGCCGUCCCUCGGACUGGUCUUCUGGUGGACUGCGCUAG